AUGCACGCACCGGACCGCAGCGCGAUCGACGUGACCGGUACUCCGAGCUAUCAGACGACGUCCGCCAACCAGUCUAUCGGGGCACGAUUCACACCGCUCCGACCGCGAGCGGUUUCUCUGUGGGAACAGUCGCGAGCGCUUCGCGGCGUCGACCGAGGAAGCGCAAGGCCUACCUUCGACUUUCAAUUCGCUCAGGAGGCGGAAGGCUCGCCAUCCGCACGACAUGGAGGUUCUUCUGGACGUUCGAGCGUGUGGGAGGACCCCUGGCAGGCGCAUCUGGCGAGCAGGGCGGCGCACAACGAGACUGAGCGAGAACCAGGCGACCUCGAACAGCGUCGCCAACGGAUCCUCCAGCAGCGCGACUGGCUAAACCUCGGACAAACUGCCGGAGGCUCCCGUCCUCGGGCCCGCCAACCACGGUCAGACGUCUACUUGACCGGCGAGCGUUCAGUCUCUCCGCCCGAAGACGCCAUGCUCCGAGGCUCGUCUGUCUAUCCGGAGGAACCGUCUUCGCCUACCACAGUCUCAAUCCGCCUUUCCUCGCCUCCUCCCGAGAUUCGCUCCGUCGACACCUUCAGUCGAACGAACGGCUCGAUGUCCGCCAGGUCUGCGACACCGCCCAGGACCGACGCCUUCUCCACCGCCUUCGCCAUCGUUAGCCCGCAGAAAAAGCAGCCCGGCGCGACUAGCGGUCGACUUCCGAGCGCGGAAUACCUGUCUCUCGCUCGGCAGCAAGUUCCGCCCGCCUGGCCGCCCAAAUUCGCUACGAGCCAGCAUCAGGACAGCGAGCUGCCGACACAUGAGACGCCGGGGUCGAAAGGUCAAGCCGACGACUUCCUCUCCGACAUGGCCAAGCUCCUUGACAUCAAGUCGUCGCCUGCCGCUGCUAAGCCGCCUCGCUCUGCGGACCAAGCGAGCAGCCUCGACCUCGUCGACUUUCCGAGCAGUGCUCCCGAGACUGCCGUCUCUUCGGCUGCCGACAUCGCUGAAGAACCUACGGGUCGCUCGCCCGUCGAACUCGUGCCCGAGACGCCCGAGGGAUCGCAGACGAUGCCCGAGGAAGCCCUGCCUCCGACUCGCGGCGAGGCUGACCUUCCCAAGCUGCCCGAAUCUCCCCAACCUUCUGUCGCUCGUCUCGCCUCGCUUCAGUCCACGGCCUCCUUUCAUUCUAUUGGCGAAGACCAGCACGUCGACUUUGAGGAGGCGCAAACGACCGACGCGCUCUCGAAGUCGUCGCCUUCCCUCGACCUCUCGCAGUACACCUGGCCGCCCUCCUCGCCUCCUCGUCAUCUUCGGUACUUAUACAAUCCCGAGAUUCACCAUCUGCCUGACAAGCUGCACGAGGGAGACCUGCAGGGCGUCGGCGGCGUGAUCCUCGUGCACGAGCGCCUCGGUCUCGGUUGUGACAGUAUCGACCAGGUACAGGCGCGCGAAAUGCUGUCGAGAGAGUUUGCGAUGCGGCACUCAGCUAUCGAGCCGUUCGAGUGGGGAUGGAAAUCGGAUGGCGACGAGAGCGAGGCUUGGGGGGAGGAGGACGAGCUGGACGAGGACGGGGUCGACGAGGGAUACAUUCCAGAGCAGGACGUCAUCAAGCCUGCGUCGCCGCUCAUGCGUCAUCCGCGUGCGCCGCUUCUCGACGGAGUGAUCUUCGACCCGUUUGACGAUGCUGGCAUUCUCGAACCCUGA